AUGUCGACCCCUCAAGCCUCGAAUCGAGUGCUUAUGAGAUCACCCGAGAACACGCCUCGUCUCUCUCGCGGCCCGUCGCUCGAACCCACCUUUGCUGAGGGCCACCACAUCAGCGCAACGUCAGGCGUGUCGUUUCUCUAUCACUCGUGGAAUCGAGGCGAUGCGGUCGAGGGAGAGACUGCAUUGCCAUCAGCGCCUUUGACCUGCCACGGAGACAUCCCUCCGGUUCAAGUUCGACAAGACCAGCCACUGCCCACACGUGAAGAGGCAGAUGCGCUGCUGGAACGGUACUUUCGCUUCGCGACGCCCACCUAUCGCUUUCUCCAUCGGCCAACGCUCGAGAAGUGGACAUCCCACCUCUUGAGUGGGGCUCGACUCUUGAAAGCUGAAGCCGCAUGUACUCUACUGGUGUUCUCACAGUCACUCCUCUACACGAGGGAAGGCGACCGGUAUGUCGAUGGCGGAGACCAGGACCUUACCCGCAGCCAAUUUUAUUUCGAAAAGGCCAAGUCUCUUCUCAAUCAAGAACCUGGACCAGCUUCCGUAGCCAGCGUCCAGGCCCGACUCGCCAUGUGCUUGUACCUCCUCAGCACUUUCCGGAUCAACGAGUGCCGGUUCUGCUUCAGCCUCGCCUGCACGAUAUUGACCUCGAUAGGUCUCCACAGGAAGAUUUCGUCCAGACAGAAACUAGAUCUGGUGACCCUGGAGUCGCGAAAACGCACGUUCUGGUGUGCGUAUGUAUUGGAUGAGUACAUAAGUGUGAUGCUGGGCCGGCCACGAAUGCUCCGCGACGAAGACAUCGACCAGCCGUACCCUCGCAACAUUGACGAUCAAGACUUGCUGUCCACUGAAUCGCCCGAGGACCUUCCCUUGCACGGCAAUCUGGAAGCGUUCAUAGCACAUGCCGACCUGGCCAAGUUGAUGGGACGCAAUAGCGAUCUCCUUUACCCAAUCCACCCCCUUUCCGAAGAUCAGCUGUUCGAUCGGACCAACUGGAUGCUUGAGGCGACGCUGGAGUGGAAGGACACUCUCCCGGAUUUCUUAAAGCCCCGCGCCAGGACCCUGGCGGGACAGAGGACGUUUGAGCGGCAAAAUACUGUCCUGAAACUUGCGCAUGCUCAUCUCCGGAUCCUGGCCACCAGGCGAUGCUUGCUCGCAGACUUCAGCCGUCUUGGGCACAGGGCCUUGUCGGUCCUGGAUGAGAGGGCGUUGAACCCGAUCCGUGAAUGCGCCAGUGCCAUCAGCACCAUCCUCAACACGACGUGCGACUUGAUUCAACGAGGGGCACUGUACCAGUCCUUCUGGUUCACGCAGUACAUUGCCCUCGUCGCGGUGUCCACCCUCUAUGUCUUUGUCAUCCAGAGCAGCCGCGCCAACAUCCCGCCGGGCGUGUUUCCUGAGAUGCACGUCUUCUUUGACAUGGCUAUGUUAUGCCAGGAUCGACUGGCGGAGAUGUCCCCGGAAGGCAGCCAGGCACGACGCCACUGUCACUUGUUAAGCCGGCUUCGACUCCGUGCCGAAAAGGACGCCGCGCGACUGAGGAGGAGCAACGAUUUGACGACGUCAACGUUUGAGCACCCCUCGCCCUCGGCGGUACCACCUCACCAGCUUGCAACAAUGUCACAACUGGCUUCGGGGGCCGUAGACUCGGGAGGUUUGGAUGUCCAGCUAGACCAGUCUAACCUGACGGCUGCGGUGGGUUCCGAGCAACCGGAGGGUCCUCGCAAUGCGCGACCAGGCGACAGCGGUAGUGGUGUAGCUCGUGGCGCGGAUCCGACGCUCAUGGGACAGUUCACGCCGUCGGACGACGACUUGAUGUUUCAGAACCUCCUAGGCUGGGGCUGGGAGAGUCUGGACACGGUUGGGUUUCCUGGGGAGGGGGAGCUGUUCUUCCUCCCGGCGUGA